AUGGCGACCGCAACUGAGAUCCAUCUUAACCCAUCGACAGAUGCGGGUAUCUUUAGCUCGAACGUCACUGAUGAUGGGGCCAGAGCAGCGAGUGAAGUCCUGCAAGAGGACAUGGAAAACCACCACGUCUUUUUUAAUGACGACGGGUUCCAUAAUCAUAUUACACACCAUAUCCUGAGCAUGUACGCUGUUGGCGCAAAGCCUGAUGAUAUCAGGGCUGCCUAUAACCGGGAUAAGAGCUAUCAGAGACCCGCCCUUCCUGUUGACGGAGAUGUUGUUAAGGGAAUGUAUGACAAGGCGAAGUUUGUGGAGAGCUUCUAUGAUGAGAAGCAGUAUCCCAACUUUUUGGCUUUUUUUCAGGAGGAGAUUGAUCUUAAGGGGGUUGGUGAUGUGCUGAAUGAGUAUGUUUUUGCAGGGGAUGACCGGGCGGAGAGUAUGCUGUGUCGACUAUUUGGCGGUCUCGUCCACCCACUGAUCCACCUCGGUUUUGGAAUCGAGUUCAAUCAGCCUGCCAUUGUAGCUCAGGCACUUGCUCAGGCCGCCGUUCAUGAUGACUGGAUGGGUCCUGCUUUCUUCCUCCAUGCUGAGAAACUGGCUGGUGGGGUUGGGAAGCCAGGCAAAAAGUCACUUCUCCAGCUGCUGAAUGAGACUCGAGAUAACAAGGCCCUGAGAGAGAGUGCUCAUUUGUCUGAUGCGAAUAAGAUGAGAGAUGGGGUGCUGCACCGUGCUCCGAAUGAAAUGUUCAACAUCGCUACUCAAUACACUGUGUCGGAGGAUCAGGCGGGAGAGAGAUUGGCGGAUAUGAUUAAUAACGUUGUUUACUACACGAGCACCGCACAACGUCGUGACAAAGAAGUCAAAUUCGACUUCUUCUUCUUGCAUGGCCUCAACUCCUCUAUCUUCUUCUCGAAAUUCAUCCGGCUUCCGUAUCUGACCCAGAAGGCCAAACUCCGUCUCCUGGAAUGGAAGGGACGUCUCGAUCUGCUUUUGUAUGUGUCGCGAGCCUCGCCAAAUCUACUCCUGGACGAGGUAACCCAAUACCCCGUGAAGAAUGAUUGGCCUGCGCUCUUCGCCCGCUGCGCGACACACCCCGGCGAUGAUGGCCACUUGGUCAAGAUGGUACGAGCACUGGCAAACGGACAGAACGCGUGUCGAUCAUACGAGAGUCAGGGUCCACAGGUGAUGCCGAUUUCCGGGGACAUGUGGCUUCGGAUUGGAAACAUGGCCAUCGACUCCACUGUUGAGGACCCGAUGUGGGUACGAUCCACCGGGUUCGAUGAGGCUUGGGAGCAUCUACCGGGACGUGCUCAUCUGUGA